UUCUUUACUUCCAACUCGGUCUUCGACACAACAAAACUCAGAGAGAAUAUGACGGACCAAACCGAGGAACAAACGACAACAGUUGCCGCCGGAGAAGAUUCCGAUAUCACCGUCAAACAGGCGAAGCCGUCAGUCGAUGAGACAGUGAAGAAGCUGGAAAAGAUGAGCUUCAGCAUUUGGCCGCCAACGCAACGCACUCGCGACGCCGUCAUCAAGCGUCUCAUCGAGACACUUUCCGACAAAUCUGUCCUCUCCGAUCGUUAUGGAAUAGUACCUGCUGAUGAGGCCGCCGAUGUCGCCAGUCGCAUCGAGGAGGACGCCUUUAAUGCCGCCUCCGCCUCACCUGUCGCUGCUAACGACGACGGAAUCGAGAUCCUUCAAUGUUACUCGAAAGAGAUCAGUAAGCGAAUGCUUGACACCGUUAAGUCCAGAUCUGCCUCAUCAGCUGCCUCCCUGACUCCAGAUGAAAAGGACGGUGCAACCACCGAUUCUUCUGCUCAGGAUGGAGAAAGCUCGACCGUGGAAGCCUAAUCUUAGAGCUUUUGCAAACGAUCUAAAAUAUCGAUGCGUAUGUUCAUUUGACUUUUAUGGAUUUCUGUCUUAAUCGUACAUCUGUUCGAGGGUUCUGGGAUUUAAUAUGUUAUAUAUCACAUCUUCUUAAAUUUCUA